AAAUCACCAGCUUAUAACCUCUCUUAACGCAAUAUGGAAUUUCACGAACGGGUACAAGUGGGAGUAGCCUUUCGGGACCUCGGUGUAUCCGGGUCCACUUCAUCGACAUCACGUCAACAUACGGUAGUUUCUUAUUUAUCGGCCAUUCCUAAGUUCCUGGUACACUACUUUACAUCCCCUGAGAAGAGAAGGCCCCCAAUUCUACGGAACUUUAAUGGCUCCGUGUGUAGCGGUGAGAUGUUGCUUGUUCUUGGAAGACCUGGAAGUGGUUGCUCGACUUUCCUGAAGAGCUUAGCCGGCGAAAUACGUGGGCUAGAAAUCGAUAAUGCAUCGAACAUUAAUUACGAUGGGAUAACAUACCCACAGAUGCACCAUAGGUUCAAAGGCGACUGCGUGUACCUCGCGGAGCUUGACGUACAUUUCCCAGAGUUGACGUUAGGUCAAACCCUCACGUUCGCGGCUGCCGCAAGAGAGGUGAAGUCAAAUAGCAAGUUGAGACCACGCAGCACAGCAAUGGCUGUUUCCUCGCAAUUCAACCUCAGCGAUGUAUUUGACUCAAAAGUCGGCAACGCGAUGAUCAGAGGCAUUAGUGGAGGCGAAAAGAGACGAACGAGUAUAGCUGAGGUUUUCAUUAGUGGAGCUCAGCUCCAAUGCUGGGAUAACAGCACACGGGGUCUCGAUAGCCGUACGGCUCUUGGCUUCGUACAGCUGAUGAGAAGUUCGACGACAAAUACGCGAUCAACAGCGUUGAUGAGUAUUUACCAGGCCUCAGACGCCAUAUAUGAGAACUUUGACAAAGUUACCUUGCUAUAUGAAGGCCGUCAGAUAUACUUUGGUCCUGCUACCCUAGCCGCCAAGUACUUCACCGAUCUGGGCUUUGAGAGGCCAUCCCGUGCAACGAUUGCCGACUUUCUGACAUCGCUCACCCACCCAGAACAGCGAAUGGUGAGGAAAGGCUUCGAAAACAGUGUACCGCGCUCCGCUGAAGAAUUCGCCGUCACUUGGAGGCGGAGUGCGGCCGCAAAGGCGCUUCUUCAAGAAAUUGACGAGUCCAACGCUACUUACAGGAAGAAAUGUAAAGUGGACGGCAGGCAAAAAACGCUGACCUACUCGAUCCCUAUCUACGUUCAGAUAUGGCUUUGCACCAAAAGAGGCAUUCAGCGACUCCGAAAUAACUACGUCCCUACCGUGGCCGGCGUCAUCGGAAACACCAUAAUCUCCAUCAUUGUAGGCAGCGUAUACUACAACCUUGGGGAAGACACCGAUGCUCUUGAUAAACGGGCUGUAUUGGUGUUCUUCUCUCUUAUGAUCAAUGCAUAUGCACCUGCAUUCGAGAUUAUGGCAAUGUGGGCUCAGCGUCCCAUAGUAGAGAAACACAACCGAUAUGCCCUCUACCAUCCCUUCACUGAGAGUUGCGCUUCUCUCAUUUGUGACCUACCUAAUAAGGUGGCGACGUGUAUCUUCUUCAACACGACCCUCUACUUCAUGUCUAAUCUACGUAGGACUGCAGGUGCUUUUUUCACCUAUAUGGUCUUUAUGUUCGCCACUAUUCUGGCCAUGUCAAUGUUCUUUCGAAUGGUGGGAUCACUUUCUAGCACUCUCGAACAGACCAUGGUACCUGUUUCAAUGGUUAUCCUGAUCUUCAGCGCGUAUACGGGCUUCAUUAUCCCGGUCAAAGACAUGAUCUCUUGGUUAAGUUGGUUGCGGCGGCUAAAUCCGAUUGCAUUUGCAUACGAAAGCUUGAUGAUCAACGAGUUUGCUGGCCGUAGCUUUACAUGCUCACGCCUCAUACCUAUAGGACCCGCAUACACGGAGAACAGCUUGGAAAACAAGGUUUGCGCUGCUAUAGGUUCAAAACCCGGAAUUCUUGAUGUUGAUGGUUCGGCAUUCAUCGCGUCAAAGUAUGGAUUCCAGACGGCCCAUCUUUGGAGAAACAUUGGAAUAAUCCUCUCUAUGCUCUUGAUAUUCUUCACGAUCCAUCUUAUUGCGGCUGAAUAUAUUGCUGCUCGGCGUUCUCGAGGAGAAGUCCUGCUUUUUCGAGGAAGCGCGCAGCGUGGAAAUCAGGCUGAAGAUGAAGAGACAGGACGAUGGUCCAGUGGGAAGCAUGUCCAUGACCAAACGCCUAUCCAAACGACACACUCUCACCAUAGUAAGGAGGUUGUGGAAAGUUCGAAUAAACAGUCUACUUUCCAAUGGAGCGACCUCAACUAUAAAGUCAAACUCAAGAAUGGCUCUCGUCACAUCUUGAAAGAUGUGGAAGGCUGGGUGAAACCGGGCACCUUGACUGCACUGAUGGGUGUGACUGGCGCGGGUAAGACCAGUCUCCUCGACAUUCUAGCCUGCAGAGCCAGGGUAGGGAUCGUGACAGGUAGCAUAAGCCUUGGUACUCAGCAGCGUGUUGCAGAUUUCCAGCGUAAGACGGGUUAUGUUCAGCAGGAAGACCUGCAUCUAUCUACUUCAACCGUUCGCGAGGCUUUGGAGUUCAGUGCUGAACUACGGCAUCCUAACGAGAAUGGGUCCUCCGAACGAUCGCACUAUGUCCAGCAUAUCAUUGAUAUUCUAGAUAUGAGUUCAUUUGCUGAAGCUGUUGUCGGAGUACCAGGCGAAGGUCUCAACGUUGAGCAACGAAAAAGACUUAGUAUUGCGGUGGAAAUGGUGGCCAGACCAGAGUUGCUUUUAUUUCUAGAUGAGCCCACGUCUGGCCUUGAUAGUCAGACUGCAUGGUCAAUUUGUACGCUUCUUCGUCAGCUAAGUGACAACGGACAAGCUAUUCUCGUUACCAUACAUCAGCCUUCUUCCCAACUUUUCCAGAUUUUCGAUCGCCUACUACUCCUGGACCAGAGCGGCAGAAUGCUGUACUUCGGCGAUAUAGGCCCUGAGUCGUCCACCUUGAUCGAAUACUUCGAACAAAAUGGUGCCGCCGCAUGUGGCUCCGGUCAGAAUCCGGCGGAAUGGGUUCUGGACGUAACUGGGCAUGCUGAUAAGACUGAGACUGUCCAAACAGGUCCCGACAAAGAUUGGUGCAAUAUCUGGGCCUGUAGCUCUGAAAGAAAAGCCGUUUUGCAUCACCUCAAGGAGUUCCAAGGAACUUCUAUCGACGUUGCAGGCCCACAGCACGGGAGUCGGAAAGCAGAGUACGCAGCUUCAUUUCCUCGUCAGCUGCGCCUGGUCGUCAAGCGUGUAUUCCAGGAGUAUUGGCGCAACCCAAUGUAUCUCUACUCUAAAGGUGCAUUAUGCGCUGGAGUGACUCUCUGUAAUGGUCUUUCCUUCUAUAAUACGAGCCACGACAUUCAGGGCAUAUCGAACAUCUUCUUCUCUGUCUUCCUAUUCACGCAGCUGUUCAGUACUCUCGACCAACAGGUUAUCCCCCGCCUUACAUCUGGAAGAGCACUCUUCGAAGCCCGCGAAAGAAGGUCAAAGACAUAUUCAUGGGUCGCUAUGAUAUCUGCUCAUAUACUAGUCGAAUUGUUGUGGCAAACGAUAGCAGCUUUUAUAAUCUUCGUCACAUGGUGGUACCCUACUGGCCUUUGGCGAAACCAGGAUCCAAGCUUUGGGACGAGCGAGCGCAGCGGUCUUGCAUUCGGCAUGAUAUGGCUUUUCAAUCUAUGGAUCUCGACUUUCUCACAAACGGUGGGCGUUGGCAUGGAUCAUGAAGAGACGGCAGUUCAAAUUGCGACCUUGUUCUUCUGGCUGUCCCUUGUGUUCUGCGGAGUCCUCGUCCCGCCGAAAGAUCUCCCCCGCUUCUGGGAAUUCGUCUAUCGCGCGUCACCUAUAACCUAUUUCAUCGAUGGCACUGUGGUCGCAGGCCUUGCUAACAUGCCCAUUCACUGCGCAGAAAUUGAACUUCUUCACAUCAAUCCCCCCAGCGGUCAAGGGUGUGGAAGUUACCUCGACUCGUUCAUUAGCGUGGCUGGUGGAUCUCUAUGGAAUCACGAUGCGACUUCUGAUUGCUUGUAUUGCCCAGUCUCUAAUACGACACCGCUGUUGGCAAUUUACGGGGUCGAAUUCGAGAGCCGGUGGCACAACUUUGGGUAUUUGGCCGUUUACGUACUAUUCAAUGUUCUGGCAACCUUCGGGAUCUACUGGGCUUUUAGGGAGCGAAAAGCGAGAGUUCAUUCUGUCUAAGAGUGGGAGAGCGGAAAGCGAACUCCCAAAAGCAUUGUCACACAAUGGAAAUGAUGAUCGAAUCUAUGGAGUUGUAAGCGCAAAGCAACCGCACAGGCGUAGGAGCUAUGCAAGCUAUCUUUCGGUCGAAGUAACACUAGUUUGAAGCAUGCUGGUCAUUGUAGAAAAGGCUGUGAAGAUGUCAAUGAGAUGUAAGAUCCUGUUAGAUAAAAGGCAAUGUUCGAUACAGGAAAUGGCAUAGCCAG